ACCAGGCUUUUAAUUUCUUAUUUUGAAAUAUGAUUAAUGCAAUUUGGCACAGUUUCCCAGUGAGGAAAUGAAGGAAAAUCAGUUGGAGUAUUGAGAAGAAGAGCACAAUCAAUUAUCAUUCUGCCACCGACAAUGGUUUCUGCGGAGAAUGAUUCGCAUUCCACUUCCGAUCAAGCUACUCAUAAUCAUUCCUCCGUUUCCGACAAAGCUCACAGAACCAUCGGCAAGUCCAUGCGAACCGUGCGCUCAAAAUUAUUCCGACGCGACCACGCCACGUGCGUCUCCGAUAGCCUAACCGAUUCUCUCAUGGAACUCGCCUCGCGAAACUCAAAGUCAGUUAAAUCUUCCGUUACGGAGGAGCAACUUCUCGAGCUCUCUCAAGCUUUGAGCGAUUUCUCUGCUUGCAGCAGCGACAUCUCUGGAGAGCUCCAGAGGCUCGCCACCGUCUCCUCCUACGAACCUGCAGUUGACGGGGAUCGCGAGCCCGAACCUGAGCCCGAGCCUUGCCUAGGGUUUCUCCAACGGGAGACUUUCUCCACGGAGAUAAUCGAGAGUAUCUCGCCGGAGGAUCUUCAGCCCACGGUGAAGAUCUGCGUCGACGGGCUGCAUUCUCCAUCGGUGGCGGUGAAGCGAUCGGCGGCGGCGAAGCUGAGGCUGUUGGCGAAGAACAGAGCGGACAACCGCGCUCUGAUCGGCGAGUCCGGUGCGGUGCCUGCUCUGGUUCCGCUGCUCCGGUGCAGCGAUCCGUGGACGCAGGAGCACGCGGUCACGGCGUUGCUGAAUCUGUCUCUUCUGGAGGAGAACAAGGCGCUGAUAACCAAUGCUGGUGCGGUGAAGUCGCUGAUUUACGUUCUUAAAACAGGGACGGAGACUUCGAAGCAGAACGCGGCUUGCGCGCUGAUGAGUCUUGCGUUGGUGGAGGAGAACAAGAUCUCUAUCGGUGCUUGCGGGGCGAUACCGCCGCUGGUUUCGCUGCUAUUGAAUGGCUCCCACAGAGGGAAGAAGGACGCACUGACGACGCUGUAUAAGCUCUGCUCGGUGCGGCAGAACAAAGAGAGGGCGGUGAGCGCGGGGGCAGUGAAGCCGCUGGUGGAGCUGGUGGCGGAGGAAGGGAGCGGGAUGGCGGACAAGGCGAUGGUGGUGCUAAACAGCUUGGCGGGGAUUGAGGAGGGAAAAGAGGCGAUCGUGGAAGAAGGUGGUAUUGCUGCGCUUGUGGAGGCGAUCGAAGAUGGGUCGGUGAAGGGGAAGGAGUUCGCUGUUCUGACUCUUGUUCAGCUCUGUGCUCACAGUGUUAAUAACAGAGGCUUGCUUGUGAGAGAGGGCGGGAUUCCUCCUCUCGUUGCUCUUUCUCAGAACGGCUCUGUUCGAGCUAAGCACAAGGCUGAGACACUCCUUGGAUAUUUAAGAGAAUCAAGACAUGAAGCAUCCUGUUCAAGUCCCUAGAGAGUAGUUUAUAUAUAGGAAGGCCCGUGAAGCUGCUUCUCCUUGUUGUAAAGUCCUCCAUUUUCAUGCUUUCAUGUGCGGUGUGGUAUGAAGUAGCAUCUGAAUGGCAAAUCAGUGUCCCACCUUCAGCAUGCAGGCCAACCCCACAGACUACGACUACUCAUACCUGUGGUACCAUUUUUCCUCAAAUACCAUCUUAAUUUUUUCUUCCUUUUUUAAAUCAUCUUCAUUCUUCUCGCCUAUAAUAAAUUAGUAAUCAUCAAUUAGCUGUCACAGCAGAUAACAGUUUCGAAUUAAUCCGCUGUCGGUGUUCCGGUCUUUAGUUCACUCAUAACCGUAGGUUUUGUAUUAGGUUAGGUGAGGUUGUUUUGGUGUGAGGGCCACUGUUUUCUCUUAGUUCUUCCAUGCUAGGCUAUUCAGUUUUUUUAUGGGUUAAUUUGCUUUUAUAUCUCGCUUUUGGGUGUCUUUUUUAAAAAAUUACCUAAAGUGUGCCUCGUAUGUACGAUUUUAUUUCCGAUAAAUUGUGACUAAAAUCAAGUCGUGAAAA